AGAGAGCGGGCCGGCGGGAGAGCGCGCUCCUCUUCCCCGCCAUGGCUGCUGAUCAUUACCACAUGCACGACUCAUCCGGCGCUGUCGCCAACCGGUUCGCGCGCAAAGGAGCGCUGCGCCAGAAGAACGUGCACGAAGUGAAGAACCACAAGUUUAUCGCGCGCUUCUUUAAGCAACCCACCUUCUGCAGCCACUGCACGGACUUCAUCUGGGGAUUUGGCAAGCAAGGAUUUCAGUGCCAAGUGUGCUGUUUUGUGGUGCACAAAAGGUGCCAUGAGUUUGUCUCGUUUUCCUGUCCAGGAGCUGACAAGGGGCCAGACACAGAUGACCCCAGAAGCAAACACAAGUUCAAGAUUCACACUUAUGGCAGCCCCACCUUCUGCGACCACUGUGGCUCGCUGCUGUAUGGACUCAUCCACCAGGGGAUGAAAUGUGACACCUGUGAUAUGAAUGUACAUAAACAGUGUGUGAUGAAUGUGCCAAGUCUGUGCGGAACUGACCACACCGAGCGCCGAGGGCGCCUCUUCCUCAAGAUUGAGGUCAGCGGGGACAAACUUCAUUUGACAGUUGGCGAGGCCAGAAAUCUGAUUCCCAUGGACCCUAAUGGCCUUUCAGACCCGUAUGUCAAACUAAAGCUGAUCCCUGACCCCAAGAACGAGACCAAACAGAAGACCAGGACCAUCCGCUCCUCUCUCAACCCCACUUGGAAUGAAUCGUUUACUUUUAAGCUUAAAGCUACAGAUAAAGACCGUCGGCUGUCAGUAGAGGUGUGGGACUGGGACAGAACUACCAGAAACGAUUUUAUGGGCUCCAUGUCAUUUGGUGUGUCGGAGCUGAUCAAAUCACCAGCGUGUGGCUGGUAUAAGAUGCUAAAUCAGGAGGAAGGCGAGUACUACAAUGUGCCGAUCCCAGAGGUAGACGACAUAAACCUGGAGCUCAUGCAGAAGUUUGAGAAAGCAAAGAUGGGACAAGGAAAAAAAGUGAUCACUCCAUCAGACCACCGGCGCUUCAGUUUUCCCUCCAACAACAUGGGCAGGGUUCAACUCAAUGACUUCCACUUUCUGGCUCUUCUUGGAAAGGGCAGCUUUGGCAAGGUUAUGCUGGCGGAAAUGAAAUCAACGGAGGAGCUGUAUGCCGUCAAGAUCCUUAAAAAGGAUGUGGUGAUCCAGGAUGAUGAUGUGGAGUGCACCAUGGUGGAGAAGAGAGUGUUGGCUCUGAGGGACAAACCACCCUUCCUCACCCAUCUACAUUCCUGCUUCCAGACAGUGGAUCGGCUCUACUUUGUGAUGGAGUACAUUAACGGAGGAGACCUGAUGUACCACAUCCAACAAGUCGGCAGGUUUAAAGAGCCACAGUCAGUGUUUUAUGCUUCUGAGAUUGCUCUGGGUCUAUUUUUUCUACAUAGGAAAGGAAUCAUUUACAGAGAUCUUAAGUUGGAUAACGUGAUGCUGGACUCAGAGGGCCACAUUAAAAUCGCAGACUUUGGCAUGUGCAAGGAGAACAUGUAUGAAAACAUGACAACUCGCACCUUCUGUGGAACUCCAGAUUACAUCGCCCCAGAGAUUAUUGCAUAUCAGCCCUACGGAAAAUCAGUGGACUGGUGGGCCUACGGCGUUCUUCUUUAUGAGAUGUUGGCUGGUCAGCCCCCAUUUGACGGUGAAGAUGAGGACGAGUUGUUCCAGUCCAUCAUGGAGCACAAUGUCUCCUACCCCAAGUCCAUGACAAAAGAAGCCGUAUCCAUCUGCAAAGGGCUGAUGACGAAGCAUCCCUCAAAGCGACUCGGCUGUGGUUCAGAGGGGGAGAGAGAUAUCAGGGACCAGGCUUUCUUCCGCAGGAUUGACUGGGAACGACUAGCCAACCGAGAGAUUCAGCCUCCGUUUAAACCCAAAGUUUGUGGCAAAGGAGCGGAAAACUUCGACAAGUUCUUUACACGCACCCAACCAAUGCUGACCCCUCCGGACCAACUGGUCAUCGCCAACAUCGACCAGAGCGAGUUCGCUGGCUUCUCUUACAUCAAUCCGCAGUUUAUUCACCCGUCUGUGCAAGGCAGCAUCGUAUGAGUUGAAACAGAAGUGAAGCCAAAACAAAGAACCCUCCAUAACUGUGUAAUGCUAAUGACCAUUCAGCAGAGCAUUUGCAACAGGGGGCAGCUGCUGGUUAAACACAAUGACACAGUGAAAAUUGGAAAUAUGAUGGAAGGCAGGUGUAUUUAAAAAAAUUUAUUGUGCAAUAAAAUAAAUAGGUGGCAGUGGUUCUAAAGUCAUCCUGCCAGUAAUGAUACCAUCAUGAUCAGCUGGUGUAGUUGGCGGGGUGUAUAGCAAAUCACUAUUUAUUAGAAAUGCAAUUUAAUGUGGAAUUACUGCAAUGUGG